AAGUCAUACAAAAAGUGCUGUUGUAAGCAUUGAUAAUACCAAGAAAAAGAAGUGCACUCUUUUUGAGAAACUCACCUAACAGCCCAUUCUCCUUUAAUUUUCUCUCCCAAAAACUUUGGAGCAAACAACAAAAUUUGUGUGAGAUAAAUUAUGAUGGAUGAGUACUCCAAAUCCAACAAAAAAACAUACAAAUUAGAGGAGAAUCAGAGAGUCAUGAUGAAAAUUAACACAACAAAAAAUGUAAGUGGCAUUGGUUGUGUAAUUUUGUUAGGUGGAGCAUUAAUAACAGUUGCUGCUAUGGGUUCUGCAUUCUUGAUUUCAAGAAAAAACAAGAAAUCUACUAAGAAUGUCACAAAGAAAGAGGGGAAUGAGAAAAUUGAAGAUGAAUCAAGUAAUAAAGGGCUUCAUUUUAUUCUACCUGAACAACAAUCUUCCAGUUUCAGCAAUGUGACUGACAAGUUAUGUCACAAUGAUUCCCUCAAUGUUAUAGUCUCUGAUCAUCUAAAAGUAGAAGAAAAAUCUCCAUCUUUCGAAAGAUUGGAGUUAUCGGAGACCAAGAUUUCGUUGCUCUCUGAUCCUGAUCAGGAGCUGUAUGAGGUUUCUCGAGUAAAAACUGAUGUAAUCCAAGGAAAUGAGAAGAUUGAGGUACCAUCGCGUGUGCAUCAAGCCCACGCGACAAUAUUCAGCAAUCCUGAUUCGCAAAUUUUGGUAGAUAGCGAUAAAGGAGAAUCAAAUGAGUUGCAACGUACUGGUGUGAUCAAGACGAAUGAUUUUGAGGAGGAUCUAAUUCAAGAACAAGAAAAACAACCCACGGGUGAUCAAGCAACCAGCAUUUGUAAUGAGCAUGAACCACUCAACUCUGCAUUUAAAUUAAUGAGAGCAGCUGAUGAAGGACAAUGUGCUAAUGCAGAAACUCAGAUUGAUCAAAUAGCAAAGAAAUGCGAUGUACAAAACCAAUUCAGUGAUGAAUCAGAGUGUGCCAAUGAGAAUGAUCAGGCAACAUCAGCAAACAGCCACUGCAUAACUUACAGUAUGGACGCGCAAAAUUUGGAAGCCUCUGAAAUCAGAAAGGCCUCGGUAGAUGAUCAGAAUUCUGCUGAAGUGAUAAAAGAAGCAAAUGCGAUGGAUUCUGCAGUUAGUGAAGAGCAGAGCCUAGAAACAGAGCAGUUGGCUGAGAAAAUUGAACCCGAUUGUGAAGGAAAUGUCUUGAAGGAAAAUGAUGAUGAAGAGAUUGUUUUUGUUAAUGAACAUGAUGAUUACGAAGACGAUAUAGACAAAGAAGAUGAUGCACAGGAAGUUGAAUACGACAUCUCGGAAGAAGCAAUAGAUUCCUCUACGCAAUUCAACAGUGACAAAAUUUGGCUAGCUGACUCAAUCCAGGAACAUAAAGUAGAGAAUAUGAAAGAAGGAACCAAAAUUGAAGAAGAUGAACAAUGUAUUGUAGAGAACUGUAAUUUGGAAAGCACACAGAAUGAUGUCGCCAUAACAAGUUGCCAACAGAACUAUGACUGCAUUGAUGGCUAUAGAACGAAGCUCAUGUACCUGAAUGAUAUAGCUGCAAUCACCAGGAGAAGGAGAGUGCUUUUGGGAGCACUACUAGUGCUAAUCUGGUACCUUGUGCUUAAACGCAUUCUUUCUUCUGUAAUAGGCGGAUUCAAGAUUUUAAACGACGAGCGAGUGCCAAAUAGUAUUGCAACUCACUAGUAGGUGUCAAACUAGACAUAAAUAAUUAGUUAUGGGACAAUACCUGCUAUACCAAUAUUUUUUUUAUUAGGGCGAUAAAUCUAUUUGAAUUUCUUAAGUUACGUAAUAUUUUUUCUUAUAAAUAUGAAACCUCACAAUUUGUAACAAAUGAACGAAUUAUAGCUCAGGUACCAAAAUAUUCUAACAUGCCUGCAUUACAUA